AUGAAUUCAAAGCGUCUUCUGUUUAUUCUGCUGGUCCUGCUCUCACAAGCGCUACAGAUUUCAUCGAAUUUCGACGGACUACUCGGCGAAUCGGAUGUGUUUCAGAACCCGACAUGCCAAGGAGGAAUUUUAGCGAAAAACGCGUGCGAAUGUAACAAGUUUAACGCGGAAUGCGUGAGCUCAACUUGUCAAAUAUGCAAGUGCAGGAAGAACACAAGAAUUUAUCGUUCUGAUGUGAAAAAAUGUUUGACGGAUAUCGAAGCAAGAGAUCCAUGUAAGUAUAUUUAGUUGUUGUAGUUUUUUGUACAGUGUUUAUAUAUUUUGUGGCUUGCGCAUCUAAAUGUUUUGCACUCAAUCGUGGCUUAGAUAUAUCCCUCGUUGAUUGUAUCAUUAGAUAUAAUCUCAGUCUGGCAUCUCAACAGCGAUCCAUGGUCAGAUGAGCGCUGUUUUAAUAAACCAGAAAUCUUAUGUUCGAUUCCAGGUUGUGGGCAUUUAGAAGUCAUUUUUCGGCAGGCAAUUUGAAGCCAUUUAGUCACUAAAAGUUUAGAGUUACCAAUGAAUUAAAAUAACCAGUUCGAUAUGUUGGUCCAACAUGGCAGUUAUUGAGGUAGAAUGUUGGAUCAGGAUUGAAUUUAUUUAAAUUUUGUAUGCAACAUUGUCGAAUAUUUUGGAACAUCGAUUGCAUGUACAUAUAGAACCGAGUAUGUUUAGCAUGAAUCGCGCGAUGGCAAUAUGGCCAAGGUGUUAAUUGCGCAAACACAUUUAUCACGAAACUAGCCUUAGAGAGAGAGAGAGGAUUAAUUUAAAGGCUCGAGCAUUUACAGCAAAGACCAUUUUUGAAGUACUGUUUAAUAAACGAGCAGGAGUGUUUUAUUAGGUUUAAAGACACGAGCGCGCAGCGCGAGUGGCUUUAGACCUAAUAAAACACGACCUGCGAGUUUAUUAAACGGCUUCAAACACGACCACAAAUUCAAUAGAUAUACUGCCUUAUUAGUAUUCUUUAUAUAAAGAAUUACUAAUGAGGACACGACUACAAUAGAUACUGCCUUAUUAGUAUUCUUUAUAUAAAGAAUACUAAUUAGGAGUGUUUUAUCAGGUUUAAAGCUACUGCACGUGACAUAUUAUGGUUGACAUGAUUUGCCAACAAGCUUAUGCAUUAUUAAUGAGUGUUUGAGGAAAGUUAUAAUGUUCGAAAGUUCUCUCGAACGACGGAAUCUUUUGCUAAUAUUUUCAUCAACAGCAAUUUCCUACAUAUUCAGAUUAUAAUGAUCCACUUCAUAGAUACAGUAUGUUUAGCAUCUAAAUUAUUACGUAAGUACUAUUUAAAACACGGACAGGAGUGCUUUAUCGGCAGAUAUAAAACACGAGAGCGCAGCUCGAGUGUUUUAUACCUGAUAAAGCCGCACGGACUGCGAAUGUUUUAAAUGGCUUAAAAAACGACACAUUUGAUGAGUUCAUUGCUGAAGUUUUGAAAAUAAACGUUGUCCAAGCCGAGAAAAUCAAAGCUAAAGUUUAUGUAAAUGAACAUGAUUUUUUAUCACAUACAAACCACAGACACGGCAGUGAUUUCCUUUGUCUUUUCAUCAUGAAUUAUUAAUGAGUUUGUUAACUGCAAGAUUAUAUAAUAAAAUGCAACUGUAACCCAUGUGCGCGCAAGCUGUACUGACUGGAGCUUCAAAGUUCAAUCUAUCACCAUUAUUCUUUCCUGAGAACAAAGGCAGCAUGAUUUUCUAAAUUGGGCAUCUUACGUCGAGAGUCUUAGAUAUUAGCCUAUACUUUUUAAAAUCUUCAACACCUGAUUUUAGUAUAAUCUUCUUGUGAAUAGGGCGCGUUUUUUUUUGGGAAUGAUACAGCCUGACAGAUGAAUGUCAGGCCGUCAAAGCUGCGCCAAAUGCGAUUCUGAAAUCGUUUGUUACCGAAAUGUCAAAAUGUUAAUUGCCUUUUGGGCACAGGUGGCUAAUAUUGUUAGCACUCAGCCAAAUCUGUUCACAAAGCACGCGCUCAUUCGUUUCAAAUCACCAGUCACCAUACUAUAUAGUCGUGAUUGAAUUUCGUCUGCGAAUUUAGCCGAUACUGUAUUUAUUGUGAUCUCAAAUCUAUGAAAUCAUAGUUACAAAAUAUUGACAAAAAAGUAAAAAAAGUACUACCUGUAAGGACUAAGGAGACUCCUAAAACAUUGUCCAUUAAUUUGUCCACUUUUAGCCUCUAUAAUCAGUUCAUUAACGAUAUUAUAGAAAGUCUCUGUAUUGUUUACUAUCUAGUAUCUUUAUUAUUAUACGAGAGUUUAAUAUGAAUAUCAACUAUAAUUGAUAACUUUUCUCGCUUGUAUAUAAAAUUUAACUGACCAAAAAUCUAUGUUAACAACGUUGUGAACCAUUAAUAAUUCAUGAAGAAAACACAAAAGAAAUCAUGAGUGUGAAGGAGUUUGUAUAUCUGAUACAGAAAUCAUGCUGAUUUACAUAAACUUAAAUUACGGGAACGACUGAGUAUUUUGAUAAAAUACAAAACAAUAAAUACUCCGAGUAUCUAUUGUUUUGUAUUUUACAUAAACUUUAAGUUCAAUUUUCUCACCAGAUAUCACUCAUUUAUUUUAAAUUUUUGAAGCAUACAAAUGUUCUCAUCAAGACGUUUCACAAGCCAUUUUCAACCCACAAUCCCCUUCCUUGUGGAAGUCCGUGUAUUCGCGCCCUAGAUUCAACUCUAUUGGGCAUCAGUUAGCAUCACAGGUGCGGCUAAUUGGUCAUUUGUCUUAAUUUAUCUUUCAGACCAGGGGGCCAUUAAAAUCCAUUUAGUAUUUUCUAUUUAUAUCAAUAAAAAGAUGGCCAAAAAAUGCAUCACCAAUACACAGCACUUUGAAUGGUUUGUAAACCAAAUAGUGUAAAUUUAGGAAGCGCUUUCUAUUUUCCAAAUUGCCUUGCGACUUUAGGAAACCGAUCUAAGGUUUUGUGGUUGGUUAUCUGGAUAUGUUUCACCGCAUAUAUGAUGUCAUAGGCAUAGUGUCGCGGCAUGGCGCCGUCUUAAGCGUUGGUGGAUCACACCUUGCCCUUGCGGAGGUCAUGCAAACAAAGUAGGGGUCAACGAGAAAUAUUCAAAUUAAGUGCGGGAUUCAAUAUAUUGUCUACGGAUAGACGGUUUGUAACUUUUCGGGUGUAGGAUCUGCGCGCAGGCUAGAUUCAAUAUCACCGAUUUGUGAUUUAUGAUAUUAUGGCAUACAUAGUGUUACAUACUAAAAUUGUACAGUUUUGCAAAGAACGGUGCUGUAGGAAAGCUAAAAUAAAUUAACUUUAUUUUUACCGCAUAGACUCCAACAGAAAUCGAACAUGCGGCUCUGCGAUUCCAGUGCCGCACUCUGACCACUCAUUUUAUCACUAGCUUCUUUGUGUCGUAAUUUAUUUAACUACACAUGCACUAAUUUUUCCAGGGUGUCGUUAUCAAUUCGUGAAUACAAGAGCGGACAUCAUCCCUACUAUUAAUCUGUCCAAGAAAUGCGCAAAUAACAAAUGUUCUAAGCCAAUCAACGCUCCGUUUGACAAGACAAAACAUUCAUGCCGAUUCAGUUGGGUGAAUUUUCUCGAGAAUGGCACAUGGCAUGAAAAAUCGAUCAGUAAAUUUGAGGACACAUUUCAUCUUCAAGGUUCAGAUUAUUAUUCAAAUGGCGGAUAUAUGUACAGCAUCGAGGUAUGAAUAAUGUAUUGGUUUCAUCUUUUCUUAAUUAUAUUUGUUGGGUAAAAUUAUUGAUUAAUUAUCAAUUGAUUGGAUGAUCGAAUGAUCAAUCUUAAUAUUGAUUGAUUGUUAAUUGUCUAAAUUUAAUAAAAAUCAUGUCAUAUUUUUCUUGCAGUGGAAAGGCUUGAAACAAUCUCACGUCAGAAAACAGUUAUUCCAAGUUUCAUUGGAAUGUCUUGAUCGUGAUAGCAUGAAAGAAUCGUAUUGUUUGAUGUUCCGAGUUCGAGGUUAGAUAACUUUUGUGAUCGAUAUUUUUAAGAGGCAAUUUUUUUCAGUGUCGCAUAUUUGCGAUGAGAAGUGUUCAAAACCUAAAAUGUUUUUGGUGUUCCUCUCAAAAUUACUUUGUUUUAGCUUUAUGCUGUAGUUCACACAGUUUAGCAACCGUUGCUAAACUGUGUGAACUACAGCAUAAAGCUAAAACAAAGUAAUUUUGAGAGAAACGCCAAAAAAGCAACCCUCUUAAAUGUAUCUGGCGGUUGAGAAACACAAAAUAAUAGUUAAAUAUUGUCAAUUUAAAUGCAAUUAUCAUUGAUGCUAUAAAAUUGAUGCCAUAUUUAUACAGCAAUGUAAGCAAAACGUACUUCAGACAACAUUUUCUCUUUGGCGUGCCAUCUAAAAUCUGUCCAGUUAAGUUUAGCAUAAUUUUAUAGUGAUAAAGCACUAAACAUACUUUUAAAGUUUGUUUGCCACUUGACAUCAAAAAUUAUAAAAAUUGAAUAUAGUCAUAACUAAGUAGAGAAAUAGUAAUUUGAGCGCGUGUUACGUAAAAUUUAUUUAUUAUUUAUUUAUUAACGUUUGUACUUAUUCUACUUUUAUAGGAAAAAAUAAUCCCAUUUUACUUUCUGGAGCUGAAAUUCGUGAGAAAACAACUCAACCACAAACCAGUCAGUCACAAACGAUAUCUGACUUACAAAGGGUAAUGUAUUACUUUAUAUUAAAUAUUAAAUAGAUUAUUAAUAAUUCAUGCGGAAAAGGCAAAGGAAAUCACUACCAAGUCCGUGGUUUUAUAUAAACUUUAGUUUUGAUUUUCUCGGCUUAGACAACGUUGACUUUUAAAUUACUUCGCCAAUGAACUCGCAAGUUGGCUAGUUUUUAAGCCAUUUAAAGUACUCGUGCUUUAUCAGAUAUAAAACACUCGCCUGUCGCCUCGUGUGUUAUAUCUGCCCGACUGCUCGUGUUUUAAAUAGUACACACAUUUUCUUGCAUGGGCGUACCGGGCGGGGGGAGAGCGGAGGGGGCGACAGCACUCCCUCCAGUUUGUUGAGCAAACAAAGCCAGUCGGGCAAUAUUCGCCUCACAGUCGGACAAUAUUAGCUUAUUAUAAAAAUAAAUGGGACAAAUUCUGGGAAAUUCUGCCAAAUUUGUGGGAAAUAUGCUCCAUAUUAGAUUCGUAAUCACUCCUCCCCCCCCCCCCCCCCCCCCGUCGACAACAAUUUUGGAAAGUUUCUCCGGAAAAUUUUUUUGACAACGCGGGCACAAUCUGAAAAAGUCGCCCCCCUAAUUUUUUCCUUCUCGUACGCCCAUGUUUUCUUGUUCAUGUAAAAUGCCAACAUGCAGCUCUUUGGUGAUGCCACUUUGUGAUGUUUUACAACACUCCGUAAAAUCUAUAAAAAAUUAAAAAUAUCAAGUAUAGUAUUUUAUGCCAAAAUUUGCGGUUGCCAUAGAGUAUUUUAAUAAAACACAAAACAAUAAUUAAUAGACAGUCCGAAAAUUGUAAAUAUUUUCAUUCUUUGCGUUUCGACUAUUAAUUUAAGUUAUCUUCACUUUCUUUAGCUGAUGACUUGACUAAUUAAUAGUCGAAACGUAAAGAAUGAAAAUGUUUACAACUUUUGGACUGUCUAUUGUUUUGUGUUUUAUUAAAAUAAUAUUGAUGAAGAUUUGAUAACAACGGAUGAUAAAAGGACAGACUGAUGAUUCAAUUACAAAUCUACACCAAACUGUAUGCUUGUAUCAAACUCAAGUUCGUCUCUUGCAUUUUAACAGGCAGCGCACACAGGCAGGCCAACAAGGCUCAGGGAUAAUCGCAGAAGAGAUGACAUACAAAAAGCCAAGAUAGUGGUAGUAAAUGAUCAUUUCACAGUGAUUUUGGCCGCCAUUGCAGGCGCCUUAGGAACGGCCCUUAUCAUUAUACCAAUUGCAUUGUUUUGUCGCAGGACAUCUAGACGGUAAGCUAUUCACUUUUAUUUGAUAUCCUUGAAACUUGCUUACAGCAAACUGGAAUAAAAUUUUUGCAAUGUUUCCUGGUUCGUCCACCUUUGGGAAACAUGGCUAGGAAACAAUGUUUCCUGGUUUGUCCACCUUUGGGAAACAUGGCUAGGAAAUAAUGUUACCUGGUUUGUCCACCUUUGGGGAAACAUGGCUAGGAAACAAUGUUUCCUGGUUUGUCCACCUUUGGGAAAAAUGCCUAGGAAACAAUGUUUCCUGGUUUGCCCACCUUUAGGAAACAUGGCUAGGAAACAAUGUUUCCUGGUUUGUCUACCUUCAAGAAACAUGGGUAGGAAACAAUGUUUCCUGGUUUGUCUACCUUCAAGAAACAUGGGUAGGAAACAAUGUUUCCUGGUUUGUCUACCUUCAAGAAACAUGGGUAGGAAACAAUGUUUCCUGGUUCGUCCACCUUUGGGAAACAUGAAUACGAAACAAUAUAUCUGCAACAAUUUUUCCUUGUUUACCUUAAGUUUUAUUAUAUUUUAAACAAAAUUAUGACCAGUUGUUUUUAGCAUGAUACAUGAAUUUCGUUAAAUUCUUUCAGGAGAGGUUCGCUGGCCAUGAGAACGCAUACGCGAUCGGCUAGCGCUAACAGCGAGCAACCGAGUACAAGCUUUGCAGAAGGUAAAAAUAUAUUUUCUCACCUUGAUUUCUGAUAUCAAUUCAAGAUGUUAAUUUCUGUCAUUUCUCACUAUUUUGUCGUAAUGUAAUUUGCCAAUUUUUUUCAGAAAUCGACUUAGAGCCCCAAACAUCAGAAGAAACUCUGAGCUCAUACACGAGUUUGAAACCAAAUCGAGGACCACCAUCAAUUUAUCAACCUCUGAGGAAAAUACAUGACAGUGAG